UAUACUAGUCUACUAGCUCCAGCAUUAAAGGUGUAGUAAUUCACCACCGGAAUCUUACUGUUGUCGACUAAUUAAUCUCCUAGUUUAAAUCUCCCAUUAUCCAAAGUCUUUGUCCUUUUUCUUCUAUAAAUGGAUACCAAAUUCUAGUUGUUUCACUUCUUUCUAUUCGUUUCCAUUGAAGUUAUCUGAGAGACAAAGACUUAAAAGAGAGAGUAUGGAUAUUGGUCUAAAAGAGAAUGGUCUGAUUAGCCAUGGAACUGCUGCUUCAGAAAAUGAUCAAGAACAUGAUAUAUCAAAGCUUCUUGACAAGCCACCAAGGCCUGUGAAAAUUGAAAGAAAGAGAUCUUUCGAUGAGAGGUCUUUAUGUAGUGAGUUGUCUAUUGGUAGAGCACUAGACUUUGAAACACACUCUCCCGGAGGACGUUCUGUUUUUGAUACUCCGGGAUCAUUUGCCAGACAUUCAUUCGAACCUCAUUUGAUGGUUGCUGAAGCUUGGGAGGCUUUACGCCGUUCGCUGGUCUUCUUCAACGGACAACCGGUUGGAACCAUCGCAGCUUAUGAUCACCAGUCUGAGGAAGUUCUUAACUACGAUCAGGUUUUCGUUCGUGAUUUUGUACCGAGUGCUUUGGCAUUUUUAAUGAAUGGUGAACCUGAAAUAGUAAAGAAUUUCAUAUUGAAAACCAUUCACCUCCAAGGAUGGGAGAAGAAAAUAGAUCGGUUUAAGCUCGGAGCAGGUGCAAUGCCAGCAAGUUUUAAAGUGCUUCAUGAUCCUAUAAGGAAAUCAGAUUCUUUAGUUGCAGAUUUUGGUGAGAGUGCAAUAGGGAGAGUUGCACCGGUUGAUUCUGGUUUUUGGUGGAUUAUUUUGCUCCGUGCGUAUACAAAAUCUACUGGAGAUUCGUCUUUGGCAGAAACACCUGAAUGUCAAAAGGGAAUGAAGCUUAUACUGGAUCUAUGUUUGUCAGAGGGAUUUGAUACUUUCCCGACGUUGCUCUGUGCCGACGGAUGCUCCAUGAUUGAUAGGAGAAUGGGAGUUUACGGUUAUCCGAUUGAAAUUCAAGCAUUAUUCUUCAUGGCCUUGAGGUGUGCUUUAGCAAUGCUUAAUCAUGACAAAGAAGGGGAAGAAUUCAUGGAGAGGAUUUCAAAACGUUUGCAUGCACUUAGCUACCAUAUGCGAAGUUACUUCUGGCUAGACUUCCAACAGCUUAACGAUAUAUAUCAAUACAAAACAGAAGAGUAUUCUCACACAGCAGUUAACAAAUUUAACGUCAUUCCUGACUCAAUUCCAGAUUGGGUUUUUGAGUUUAUGCCAACUCGCGGUGGUUAUUUCAUUGGAAACGUCAGUCCGGCAAAGAUGGAUUUCCGGUGGUUCCUUUUAGGUAAUUGUGUUGCUAUCCUAUCAUCUUUAGCAACUCCAGAGCAAUCCAGUGCAAUAAUGGAUCUUAUCGAAGCUCGUUGGGAAGAACUAGUUGGAGAGAUGCCUCUUAAAAUCACAUAUCCAGCACUUGAAAACCAUGAAUGGCGAAUUGUGACAGGUUGUGACCCCAAGAAUACUAGAUGGAGUUACCACAAUGGUGGAUCUUGGCCAGUGCUUUUAUGGUUUUUAACGGCUGCCUGUAUAAAGACUGGAAGACCCCACAUUGCAAGACGAGCAGUCGACAUGGUCGAGAGAAGAUUGGCAGGGGACAGUUGGCCAGAAUAUUAUGAUGGCAAACUUGGUAGAUAUGUAGGCAAACAAGCCAGGAAAUACCAGACAUGGUCUAUUGCAGGAUACUUGGUAGCAAAAAUGAUGUUGGAAGAUCCAACUCAUUUGGGUUUGAUUUCACUUGAAGAAGACAAGCAGAUGAAACCAUUGACGAUGAGGAGAUCAAGUUCAUGGUCUUGCACUGACCAAGCAACUUUGGAAGAAGAUGUACAAGCAGUAACAAAAUUACAAAGAAACGAUAAGGGGAGUAAAUCAAAAAUUAGAAAAUGAGUGUUAAAUGUUGUCAUUUCAUUUGAAUUAUUACUAAGAACUACUCUUUGGUAGUUUUUAUUUUCGUAUGGAUUGAGUUUGAAAAAAACAAAUGGUUAAGUUUGCAAUAACAUCGUCAUGAUUUCA